UAACCUAUGUCCCACAUCCUUGCAAAUGAAAUUUUCCGACGAACCAAACAAACCUCGUCCUUCUUCCCCAAAUGAAACUCCUCACUCUCCCGCUCCCUCAUCCCUGUUCUCCAAACCCCAACCUCCUCCGCUUCAGAAUCAACACGAAAUCAUCUCUACAAUACCCAAAUCUCACUCCCCCUAAACCCCAAUCCCAACCGAACCCUAAACCACGUGUCGUCGUCAUCGGCGCCGGCCUCGCCGGCCUAGCCGCAGCCACCCACCUCAACUCCCAAAACAUCCCCUUCCUCCUUCUCGAAGCUUCCGAUGACGUCGGCGGCCGUGUCCGAACCGAUGUCGUCGACAGAUUUCUUCUCGACCGGGGUUUCCAAAUCUUCAUUACAGCUUACCCCGAAGCUCGGAAGCUUCUUGAUUACCAAGCCCUUGAUCUCCAAACAUUUUACUCCGGCGCUCGAAUCUACUACAAUGGCCAGUUCCACACCGUAGCUGAUCCUUUACGCAAUUUCUGGGACUCCGUCAAGUCCUUAGCAAACCCUAUUGGAUCAGUUUCUGAUAAGCUACUUAUAGGGUUGACGAGACUCCGGGUAUUGACCAAAUCCGAUGAAGAAAUAUUUGCUUCCAGUGAGGUCUCGACGAUGGAGCUAUUGAAAAAAACUGGGUUCUCAGAUUCGAUUAUAGGCCGAUUCUUUCAGCCGUUUUUCGGGGGAGUUUUCUUCGAUAAGAAUCUCGAAACUACUUCCAGAUUGUUUGAUUUCAUCUUCAAGUGUCUUGCUCUUGGAGACAACACUCUUCCUUCCAAGGGCAUUGGCGCCAUUCCUAAACAAUUGGCGGCAAAAUUGCCAGCUGAUUCGAUUCUUUUCAAUUCCAAGGUCCUUUCGAUCGAUUUCGAAGGAGAGGCGUCGACUGUGAGGUUGGAGAGUGGAGAGGAAUUGAGUAGCGAGCUAGGUGUGAUAGUGGCAGUUGAGCAACCAGAAGCGGAUAAGCUUUUGGCGGGAAAGGCGUAUGAACCGGUCCAAAGGAAACCGGCCCGGAGUACUGUGUGUUUAUAUUUCUCAUCAGACCGGGCCAAUAUCCCGGUCCAAGACCCGGUUUUGUUUCUCAACGGUUCAGGUAACGGCAUUGUGAAUAACAUGUUCUUUGCAACAAAUGUAGCUCCGUCGUAUGGACCAACGGAUAAGGCUUUGGUGUCGAUAUCCUUGGUAGGAGACUUUGAGAAUGUGAAAGACGAGGAUUUGACGGUUCAAGUUGUUCAUGAGCUCUCCGAUUGGUUUGGGGGAUCAAUGGUAGGAUCUUGGAGGCAUCUGAGAACGUAUCGAAUCAAAUUUGCACAACCAAAUCAAGCUCCACCUCUUGAUUCAGCUAAAGAUUCUCGAGUCAAAUCCGGUGUUUACGUAUGCGGUGAUCAUGUGACAACUGCAACAUUUGAUGGUGCUUUGGUUUCAGGAAGAAGAGCAGUAGAAGCUUUACUCAGAGACAAUGCCUUGAAUCGAGUUGUUUAAGGUUUCAGAUUGUAAAAAGACAUGGAACUUGUAUUCUACAUUUUGUGUGA